UACAAAGCGGUUGGAAACGGAUGCUCAGUGCGCAUUGUUGAUGCAGGAUGCUCUCCUAAACACACGGACGCCCCCGGGGUCGCAGCUGAACAGAAGUCGAGGCGUUUUUGUUUUGUUUUUUAAAAACUUGUUUGUGUCGUUUAAGACAAGAUUUUAACGGGGAAGCCAUUCUACAUGUGAAGUCCCCGCAGAACGCGCAGCUCUGCGGGUUCCUGCUGCUGUUUUUGUUGAUGCUGAGGAACCCUUCUUCUGUCAGCGCUGUAGCAGAGCCCAGAGGGCAGCAGUAACUCCGGCACCAUGGCUGAGUCUUCUACUAAAGUGCUGGACGGUGGCUGGGGAUGGGCGAUCGUGGUGGCCUCCUUCAUGGCCCAGCUCCUGGCCUACGGAUCACCCCAGUCGGUGGGCGUCCUGUACCCUGAGUGGCUGCACGCCUUCCAGGAGGGCAAGGGCAUGACAGCCUGGGUGGGCUCCCUUGUGGCUGGAGUGGGACUAAUAGCCAGUCCUGUGUGCAGUGCCUGUGUGGACAACUUUGGGGCACGUCCCGUAACCAUCUUCAGUGGCGUAAUGGUGGCGGGUGGCCUGAUGCUCAGUGCCUUCGCUCCAAAUGUCCAGUUCCUCAUCUUUUCCUACGGGAUCGUGGUUGGCCUGGGUUGUGGUCUGGUCUACGCAGCCACGCUGACAAUCACCUGUCAAUAUUUUGACAAGAGACGCGGCCUUGCCCUCGGCCUUGUCACCACAGGCACAAGCGUUGGAGCCUUCAUCUAUGCCACUGCUCAGAACGAGCUGAUCGUGCUGUACGGUCUUGAUGGCUGCCUGCUUAUCAUCGGCGCUGUAGCACUAAAUCUCAUGGCCUGCGCUGGCUUCAUGAGGCCCCUCAACAUGCCAGGGUACUACCUCAAACAGAAACAAAAGGCCGCCCUCGAACGCAACACAGAGGAGCAGCUUUUUGAGAAGCCCCCAUUGGAGGACCUGAAGAUCACAGCAGGGUCCACUGCAACCACUCCUGAGAAAACACUGAUGGUGAAGGAGCUGCUCAUCACGAUGGACGCCAAGGACUUGGCCAUUCAGACGGAGAAGAAGAAAGGCAGCUUUCUGUCUGGGUUGGCCAUCAUGAAAGUCAUCAAGAAGAAGCAGCAGGCGUACUCAAAGUACGUGAACUCCAUGUAUGAGAUCCUGCAGGAUCAAGCCAUGGUGGCCUUCUGUAUCGGUGUCUUCCUGUUCAGUCUGGGGGCAUUCCCACCUGUACUCCUUAUAGAGGAUGUGGCGCAGACACAAGGACUCAUUGAAGAAGUUAGUGUCAUUCCUCUGGUAUCGAUAGGGGCCAUUGCCACCUGUGUGGGUAAACUGGUGCUGGGUAUGCUGGUGGACAUCAGGUGGAUCAAUGGUAUCUAUCUGUAUGCCUUCACCAUGUUUGCAGGAGGUCUCUCACUGCUUCUUAUCCCUGUCACUAAGACUUAUUUGGGGCUGCAGAUCCUGUCUGCUGUCUUAGGUUUCUUCUCUGGAAACUGGUCUCUCACUUCCUACAUUACCACUAAGAUUGUUGGCUUGGACAGAUUGACACAAGCCCACGGCAUCCUCAUGUUCUUCGGAGGACUUGGGAUCAUGCUUGGACCCCCUGUUGUAGGGUGGUUCUUCGACUGGACACAGUCAUAUGACUUGGCAUUCUACUUGAGUGGGAGCUGUGUGGUGGCGGGAUCACUGAUCCUCUUCGUGCUCACCCUUCCCUGCUGGAACAGGAAGCGCUUGGAGAACGACAGACCAGACGUCCAUUACACCAGCAACUGUGACAAAGUUGCCUCUGUAGCCUGAAUAUGAGCACCUUUCAUAAGGAGUCUCACCCCUACUGCCCAGCAACUGUCCGCUGACAAACUGUACCUGAACCACCUUGAGGAGGGAUUUUUUUUUCUUUGACCUUACAGGGGUUCCCCCCCUUAUUUUUGCUGCCAGGUUCUAAUAUACCAAAAUAAACGCCAGAGGUUUUGAAAUACAGGCCUUUCCUCUGUAACUCGCCUGCGUUUCUCAGGUUCAAACAUACUACAGAUCUUUUUAAAGGUUUGACUCCGAUACCUGUGUUGAUUUUUUUAUUAUUAUUGCCUCAUUAUACGAGGUCAACUGAACAAUAUGGUUUAGCUCCCCGAUUCCAUAUUGUGUCUAUGUUAACGCUGGUAUUCACUUCACUGUAGCUCUGAAAGAAGACAAAAAAGACAUGGUGUCGACAUCUGUAAAAUUCUUGGGUGUUAAUUCAACACAAUCACAACUUUUGAAACAAGUCUACAAAUGCACAAAACAAUCUCCCAAGAAUCUUACUAGAACAGAGAAUGCAGGGAUUGAAAUAAAGGAAAGAGACGCUUUUUGAUAAUUGUAAUUUUAGCAACACAUUUUUUUUUUUAAUUUUGUAUUUACUUUUUGAUAUGUAUCUUAUUUACACCGCUAUGUAUCUUACCAAAGCAUCAAUGAUAGACAAUGCCUGUCAACACACAAUGCCUGUUGGAACAAUACAAUCGCCUUGCUUUAAUGGAUAAUGUUUGUUUUCAAGUGCAUUGACUGAAUUUAUACUUUUUAAAAAAUGGUUGAGUUUCACAUACCUCCUGUUUCUUGAUCGCACAGAGACUUGAAUAAGUUAUGCUGAUUCAAAAACAUGUAAGAAAACACUUAAGAGAUCCUACUGUACUUCAACCCCUUGCAGCAUGUUGAUUCUCUUUGUGGCAUGAUUUUCAUGAUUUCUGAUGGCAUUCAUUUUGACCAGGCUGGUCCUUUUCCAUCAUGUUGUGUCUGUGUGUGUGUAUUUGUUGUUUUUGCGUGUGUGUGUGUGUGUGUGUGUGUGUGUGUGUGUGUACAUGCCUGCACACGCAUGUUUGCAUACAUGCAAAGGUUUGUGUAUGUGCAUUCAUUGUUUGAUAAACUUUUGUAUUAGCACUAGUUUGUAAAGUCCUAUGUGCUAGUGACUUUUAUAUGCACAAACUGGCCACAGAGCAGUAAAAAAUAUUUUUGUUUCAGUUUGAAGUUGAUUAUUGUGAUCAUAAUUGUAACAAAUUUAUUGCAAUAGGCUUUUAGAACCACUUGAAUGUUGUUAAAUAUACCACUACAAAUGUAUUUUUUGAUAGUUCCAGUUUUAGGGUAAAUCUGGGACAUUAGUGUUUGCGUUUUGUGUUUGUAGAGGGUAUUUACAACUUGCAGAUGAGGUACAGUUUGUACCGACCGAGACAGUAUGUUCGGCUGUCACCUUUUAGCCACUCUUUUUUUUAUGCCAGUAUUAUAUUAUUUGUCUAUAUUUCUGUUCUUUUGUUUUAUUUAAAAAGUGCCAAUAAACGAUAUUAAUAUAA